UGAUUGGCUGUUUAUUUUCCCUUCCUGCUGCAUCAUGUGACCAACACAAGUAGCGGAGCUGAUCCAGAGCCGACAGGCGGACCGCUGCUGGACCUGCAGGAAGCAUGUCUGUUGGGAAGCUGGAAGAGUGCCGGGAGCACAUCCGGGCGCAGCUGGACGCUGUCGUGGAAUUCUGGCUCAAAUAUUCCCACGACACAGUACACGGAGGCUUCUUCACUUGCAUUGGGAGGGACGGUAAUGUUUAUGAUGAGCUGAAGUAUGUGUGGCUGCAGGGAAGACAGGUAUGGAUGUACUGCCGUCUCUACCGUAGCGUGGAUCGCUUCCGCAGGCCUGACAUCCUGGAAGCAGCAAAGGCCGGCGGAGAAUUCCUCAGAAAGUUUGCACGUGUGUCCACCAAUGGAAAUCAGUGGAAAUGUGCCUUUUGCUUAACAAGAGAUGGCAAAGCUGUCAAGGUUCAGAGGACCAUAUUCAGUGAGUGUUUCUAUAUAAUGGCCAUGGACGAACUGAGCAGGGUCACUGGUGACAAAGAAAUGCAGCUGGAGGCCGAGCAGAUGAUGGAGCAGCUGAUCUACUGGGUCCGGGAGGACGCGUCGGGUCUGGGAAGGCCCCAGCUACCAGGGGACGUACCGACUAACAACAUGGCGGUUCCCAUGAUGCUGCUGUGCCUGGUCCAGCAGCUGUCUGAAGGCCGGCCGGAGGCGGGGAAGAAGUACGCAGAACUGGGAAGUUGGUGUGUGACUGAGAUUCAGCAACAUAUCCAGAGAGACGGGACAGCGAUCCUAGAGAACGUGUCUGCGACCGGAGCAGAGCUGCCUGGAUGUCUGGGCCGGCUGCAGAACCCAGGCCAUGCCCUGGAAGCAGGCUGGUUCCUGCUGCGGUAUGCUGCCGACAACAAGGAGCUCCAGAAAACUGCUAUUGAAAAGUUUGUGGAGCUUCCUUUUGAGAGUGGCUGGGAUAAAGCCCAUGGUGGCCUCUUCUACUUCCUGGAUGUGGACGGUCACUGCCCUACUCAGCUGGAGUGGAGCAUGAAGCUGUGGUGGCCUCACAGCGAGGCGCUCGUUGCCUUCCUCAUGGCCUACAGUCAGACCAGAAGCCCUGAGCUGCUGGAGAACUUCUUCAGGGUCUACGAGUACACCUUCAGUCAUUUUCCUGACUCUGAGAGCGGUGAGUGGUUUGGCUAUCUGACCCAAGAAGGGAAAGUAGCUUUGGAUUUUAAAGGAGGACCCUUUAAAGGCUUCUUCCAUGUACCUCGCUGCCUUUACAUGUGUGAGAGCCUCUUGGAUGAUCUGCUGGGAAAACAUGGCUGAAUAUUCAGACAUCAGUGUUCAGAGAAAAGGAACUCAUCUGACUUGUAGUCCAGAGUUCUGACUCAAGGCACACACACACACAAAAUUGAAAUUGGUCAAUAUUUUACAUGUCUGUGUGAAAUCAAAAAGAGCUACAGAAACAUGAUCUACACUGUGAAUUUAGGGUAAGAUUCUUUUAGUACUUUGUUGCUUGGCUAAAUUAACUUCCAAACACAUCCAUGAUGGACGACGGGUACAUGGUAGACAUUUGUUGUUUGUGUCACUACUGCAGCUGCUAUAUGUUUUUUUUUAUGGAAUUAAUACUGUUUUUGAUUGAAAAGAUGACUAUCGAAGUGAAGACCUCCAUCAUCAGAACUCUUUUGUUAAAACGUGCCUUGUUCUUUAAAUGGUUUUAUCUUUCCAACCUUCUCAUCCUGCGUGUUAGUGGCAGUUUUGGAUUGACAUGUCUUUUACGAUCCGAAAAAUAUGAAAUAAAAUCUCGCGUUUCAGUGU